UUCCAAAUCUCUCUCUCUCUCUCUCUUUUCUUUUAUUUUGCUUAUCCAACGAUUUCAUUAUUUGAAUUACAUUGAAAAAUCCCAGCUCUUUUUUUUUUUUUUUUUUUUUUUCUUCUUAUCAUCAACACCAGUAAUGAUUUUCUUUGGUUCUUUUCCUUCAAAUAAAAUUUAAAAACAGUAAAACUUCAAGAACCGUUGUGCAGAAUGAAAAAAAGUUCAGGGUCCCACUGCCGUCUGCUCGGCCUACCACCACCAUUAUGCCACCGGAACCAUAACUGGUUUGGCCUCGUUGACAAAAUUUUAGGCUUUGCCACUCCCUCUAUAUAUGCAUCCUAACCACACUUUCUAGUGCUUUGUUCACCUUAUUUUCUAGUCUUGCUCAUUGGUGUAAUUGUUAAAGUUGCAAUGGAUAUCCUUCCAAACCUGCUUCACAUUGUGGUCCUUUCUAUUUCGUUCUGCUUUGUCUUCCUCAUAUUUAGACAAAAGUCCACUCAUUCCAAGUUACCACCUGGUAAAAAGGGUUGGCCAAUCAUUGGAGAAACAUUGGAAUUUGGUACGGCUGGACAAAGGGGAACCCCAGAGAUGUUCAUUAAGGAAAGAAUGAGAAAAUACUCUCAGGAUCUCUUUCAAACCUCACUGUUUGGGGAGAACUUGGCUGUGUUGUGUGGUGCUUCAGGAAACAAGUUUUUGUUCUCCAACGAGAAAAAAUAUGUCACUGCUUGGUGGCCACGAAGCAUACAGAAAGUAGUGUUUGAAUCUGAAGAAAGCUAUGACAACAAUGAUUCUACUAAAUUGCGUAGCCUUGUGGUUGAAUUUCUAAAGCCAGAAGCUCUUCAACAUUUCAUACCUAUCAUGGACUCCAUGGCAAAGGAACACUUGGAGACAGAUUGGUGUCCUUACAAACAAGUCAAGAUUUUGUCACUGUCAUUGAAGUAUACCUUUGCAUUGGCUUGUAGGUUGUUUAUGAGUAUCACAGAUCCUAACCAUGUGAGAACAUUUUCUGAUCCCUUUAACCUUGUCAAAGCUGGUACAGUGUCUGUGCCUAUAAAUAUUCCAGGUACAGCCUACAAUCGUGCUUUAAAAGGAGGCAAAGUUAUUCGCCAAGAGAUUUUAGCACUCAUCAAAGAGAGGAAGCAAGAGCUAGCAGUGAAUAAACGGACAGUUGCUCAUGACUUAUUGACUCAUACACUCCUUGCAUCAGAUGAGAACGGUAGAGCUUUGGACGAGAUGGCGAUUGCUGGAAACAUUUUGGGCUUACUUAUUGCUAGCCAUGAUACCACUAGUUCUGCUAUCACAUCCGUGUUGAAGCAUCUAGCAGAGUUCCCUCAUGUUUACAAUCUGGUCUUGCAAGAGCAAAUGGAGAUUGCAAGAUCCAAAGGUCCAAAGGAUUUGUUGAAUUGGGAUGACAUUAAAAAGAUGAAGUACUCUUGGAAUGUAGCAUGUGAGUCAAUGAGGCUAUUAUCGCCUGCUCAAGGAGCAUUCAGAGAGGUUAUACAUGACUUUACUUACAAAGGUUUUACUAUCCCUAAAGGGUGGAAGACAUUUUGGACUGUACAUUCGACACACAAAAAUCCUAAAUACUUUCCAGAUCCUGAGAAAUUUGAUCCAUCAAGAUUUGAAGGGAAUGGCCCAGCACCUUACACUUUUGUACCAUUUGGAGGAGGACCUCGAAUGUGCGCCGGAAGGGAGUAUGCUCGUUUACAAAUACUAGUGUAUAUGCAUAAUGUGGUGACAAGAUUCAAGUGGGAGAAAGCAAUUCCAGAUGAAAAAAUUACUUACCAACUAUCCUCCAUUCCAGUUCAUGGUCUUCCCGUUAUCCUUAAACCUCAUAAACUUUAGAUUGAGUUAAAACCUCUAGUGAUAACUAUCUCUAUAUUUAAAGUAUAGGAAAAUACUAAAUUUAUUAUUAAUUUUACUACAAAGGUUUAAAGGCUCGUGCAAUAAAAUUUGUAGUAUCUCUAAUAUCACUUUUUUGUAUAAGCUUACAAACAAUUUGUCAUAAAUCACAAAAACUAAUUCAGGCAUUUAAUUAUGUGCAAUGCUAACAAUGCUACAACUGUACAAGUCUUACAAAUUGAUAUGACAUCAAUUAAAUAAAAGUUAUUGUGUCAUUCAUUUA